AUGGUUAAAUAUGCCAAAAAAUUAAGAGACCAAGGAAAAUGCGCGAGAGGCGCAGGUAUAGAUUUGAGAGUUCAUUUUAAAAAUACUUAUGAAACAGCAAGAGCUAUAAGAAGAAUGAAGUUAUUAGAAGCAAAAAAAUAUUUAAAUGAUGUUAUUGAGAAAAAAAGAUGCGUUCCUUUCCGUAAAUAUAAUGGAGGAGUUGGUAGAACAAAUCAAGCAAAAGAAUUCAAUCACACUCAAGGUAGAUGGCCAGUUAAAUCGUGUAAAUUUCUUUUAAAUGUUCUUGACAACGUGCAAGCAAAUGCGGAGGCAAGAAACUUGGAAAUAGGAAAAUUAAGACUAAUUCAUGUAAUGGUUAAUAAGGCUCGUCCAGGAAGAAGAAGAACUUAUAAAGCUCAUGGUAGAAUUAAUCCAUAUAUGUCAUCUCCAUGCCAUAUUCAAAUAAUUGCCAGAGAAAUUACGAAACCUGCUAAAAAAUCACUUUUAUCAAGUUCAGAAAAGCAGAAAAAGCUACCUUUUAAAAUUACAUUAAAAAAAUUAAUAAAAUUAAAUAUAUCAAAACAAAAUAAAAAUAAAAAUAAAAAUAUCAAAAAAACAGAAGCAAAAUAA